AUUCUUCUCAGUCGCGGUUUUUCUCGCAUUUUCCAUUGAGUUCUCGUUCCCAUUCAAGCUCAAGCUGUCCUGAAUAGCUGCUAACUUUUGAUUAUUAUCGAGCAAGCUAUUGCUAACCUAAUUUAGUCGUCAAUGGAGCUGCCGCAAAAAGAACAAGAAGAACAACAGUUACUAUGGAAAUCAACUUCUGAGCCUGAAUCCAUGAUUACAGUGACUCUUGGCAGAGUGAUGAGCACGCUCCUCUCUGCUCACCCUAAAAAGCUCCAUGACUCCAUUUCUCGCCUUUCUCCUCAACAAAAAACGACGUCACUUGGUUCUAUAGAUGAGUCGCUAUGGUUUCUGUACAAGUAUGUAAGAGACGUGGUUCAUAGAGAGGAAACAUUGGACGAAGUUCUUGUUCCCAUGAUUGAACACUCAUUGAGGAGCAAGGGGUCAAAGCAUGGUGAUCAAGCUCUGAUUCUUCUAAAUUGGUUAUUUAAAGAUGAACAUCUUUUCCAAGUUCUGGCCAUGAAUCUUUCUAAUAUUAUUAUGAGGAAGGAUGAUCGUUAUAUAUCCCUUGGCUGGUGUAUCCUUGUGCGCAGUCUCUUGGAGAAUGGGAGUACAAUGGAUCAACACUUUUUAAAUGGAAUAAGUGCAAAGUAUGAUGCAUUGUUGAAGAUUCUUUGUUCUUGUAUUCCACAGUUAUCAUAUGUAGUAUGUAAAGGAAGUAAUAUGCAGAAUGGAUUUGAGUUGCCGUCUCGCCUUUCAGUAUCUGCUGCUGAUUGUUUUAUAUCUCUGACCGAGGCUUUAACAAAAAAGCCUAAAGUUUCAAGUGACAGUCAAAAAUCAUCAAAUUCAAAAGCAUCAGAUCGACCAGUUAUCUUUAUGCCGUCUGCCUCUGAGGAGAAGAAAGUGGAGCCAACAAAUGAAUUUUCAGAACUCUCAAACGUGGACAAGGGGUUUUUGCUUUGGGAUUAUCUGGAAGACCUUGCAGUUCUUGUGCAGAGACUUCUUGCAUGGAACAGAAAAAGUCGGCCUUUACAUGCUAAAGGACUAGAGAAAGUUCUCAAGUGGUUGGAGGAACUAAAAGAGCUUUAUUGUGGCAUUCAAGAUGAGACAGGCUCAAAAAAUUUCAAGUCUGGACCACUGCUACUUUCUUCUUGUUGGAAGCAUUACAGCAUGUUACUGCAUUUGGAAGAUCACAAAUUUUCUAAGCACUGCAAAGAACUGUUAGACCAAUAUUUAUCAGGCAUUCAGUAUUACAUUGACAGCCAUUCUGAGCGACAUACAGAUGGAAAAGAUGGUGGUGUUGAGACCAGAAAGUUUUUCCUGAAUUGCAUUUGCCUCUUAUUGGGACGGUUGGAUAUCAAGAAAUUUGAAGUCAUGAUGAUGGAAUAUGGAACACAGAUGUCACAUGUUCUUCUAUCACAGCUUCACUGUCAUGAUGAAGAUGUGAUCGAUGCGGUUGUUUGCAUAUUUAAGGCAGCCCUUUUCAGGCAGAACCAUUCAUCCGGAAGCAGAUUCACUGAUACCAGACAGAUGGAUUCCCUGCUACCAUUGCUGCUUCAUCUUCUAGAUGAGCGGGAUGGUGCAGCAAGAGCUGUUGUUAUGCUCAUAGCAGAAUACUGCUCCAUAAGUGCAGAUGGUCACUGCCUUAAAGAAGUUCUUGAACGCUUCACUUCGGGAAACAUUAUCCAGAGGAGGAAUGCUGUUGAUGUUAUAUCAGAGCUCAUUUCCAUAUCAUCACAAACAGAUAGCACAAAUUCUCAUUUGGCAUGGCAAGAUAUAGCUAACCACUUGCUUGAGCGACUUGGAGAUGAAGAAUCUGUAAUCCGUGAGCAAGCAUCCAAUUUGCUUCCAAUGAUUGACCCCUCAUUGGUAUUGCCAACACUUGUUCGUCUUGUUUAUUCAUCUGACGACAAAGUACAAUCAUCUGCUAGUGCUGCCUGCAUUGGGCUACUCAAAUAUCAUAACCAAAAUUUUGAAGUUAUAUCUAUGCUGCUUGACUGUCUUAGCAACAUUAGUCAAAGCCCAGAGAUUGCAGUUAAUACUGCAGAAGGAUCAAAGGUGGAUAGUGAUCGAGUGCUGAAGCUGAUCCCUCUGUGGUCUAAAAGUGUUCAAGACUGGAAAUCCUUGAUCGUGCUGUUGAUUGACAAGAUGUAUGCAGAACCAUCAAAUGCAAUUAUUGUCAGGUUUUUGAGUUAUAUAAGUGAACAUUUAGCUGAAGCUGCUGAUUUAGUCCUCUCUUGUGUUUUGUCACAGAUGAGAGGACAGAAAAUGAUAGAUGAAAGCAUCUCCAAAUGGGAAUGUGGAAACUUUACAAGUGAAGAAUCUAUGGAAAUGCAGCAGUCUCUCUUUGAGCGCCUUUGCCCAUUACUUAUUAUUAAGCUGCUUCCACUGAGAGUUUUUGAUGACAUCAAUUCAUAUACCAUGUAUGGCCAGUGUCUCAAUAAAGAAACUUUUCAUGAGGAAAUCGAUAUCAUUGCUCACCAGUGUGUUGCCGCUUUCCUUCUAAACAGGGCAUUCUCUAAGUUUGAAUUUGUAGAUGUACGGAAACUUGCUGCUGAACUCUGUGGCCGCAUUCAUCCUCAAGUGCUCCUUCCAAUUGCUCGCACGCAAUUAGAAAGUGCUGCCGGUUCUCAGGACAUACUGAAGAUUAAAGCUUGUUUAUUUUCAGUCUGUACUUCCUUAGUGAUUAGAGGAAAGGAUUCAAUUAAGCAUCCUGCAAUACUUGCAAUUAGGAAAAUGUUAGAAGCAAUUAUGUUAUGGCCUUCUUCAGCUGGGGAUGAAGUAUAUAAAGCACAACACGGGUGUAUUGAUUGCUUGGCACUGAUUAUAUGUGCUGAUCUACAAUCUCCUGAACUAAAAAGUGGUAAUCCUGGGGAUACUGUCACAAGAAACUCUGUCCUUACAUCUGUAAUCUAUCAUAUUAUAAAUGAUAAGAAUGAAGUCAUUUCAAGCUUCAAGUUGGGUUGUGAAAAUUGUGCACUGGAGGAGCCGGCAUCACUCUCAUUCCGUCUGUGCAUGAUUAAUGUUCUGAUUAGUGCUUGCCAGAAGAUCACAGAUUCUGGCAGGAAAGCCUUUGCCGAAAGAUCUCUUCCACUUCUCAUUCAUUCUGUUGAGGGGAUUAUGGACCCAGAGAUUAGAGCCGCUUGUAUCCAGUUUCUCUUCUCAGCUGUGUACCAUCUGAAGUCUAUAGUUAUUCCUUAUUCAUCUGAUCUACUCAAACUCUCCCUUAAAUUUAUUGGAAAAGGGUCAGAGCAGGAAAAGAUGGCCGGUGUGAAGCUAAUGACAUGCCUUCUGGCUGGUGAUGAUGAGAUGUUGGAGACUUUAUCAGAGGUACUUGUAGAUGCAAGAUCUGAGCUUUCAAGUUUAUCUUCAACUGAUCCUUCCCUCAACCAUUUAAGAAAGUUAAGUGAAAAAUUACUUGCAUGCAUGAAUUCUUAAACUUGUGAUAUCUGAAAAAACUUGUUUUGUACAGAACAUUACCCCAAUGACUAAUUUUUUACUUCAUAGGCAGUGUAUUAGUUUUACAUGAUAGAUGUGGCAGUAAUUUUCUACCUAACAAAAGAGAUUGAUGUUGCUACUUUACUGAUUGAUUCGAGUAAAAAUAGAGCAAGCCGAGAAAGAUAAAAGUUUGGUAGAA